ACAUGCCUUCAUAGGUAAGAGUGGUAUGACAAAUGGGCUGAGCUAGAAGUAUCUCAUGAUACGUGAGACGUGCGUAUUGACCUCCUGACAUGCUGUUGAAGCAGGCUACGCCAAUUCACUUGUCGCAUAGUCGAGAGGCUAGACUUACAACCUACAAAAAUGGUGUCGAUUCUCUCAAAAUGCCACGGAUACCAAAGCCUCGUGGGCAACUACCCUGUGCUUGUUGGUCGCCCUUGGUCACGGAUAACGGUCAGCCCAUUGAUAUCGAUUCCAAGGCCGUUCACUCUCGUCUCCUGCCUCCACUGCUGAAGGGGUCCAAGAAUAUGACUUCGAUCGAGGCGAUUCCAGCAACAACUCGAGCCGCUAUAACGCGGGAGUUCAGUAUGGUUGCGGAUGUGGCUGAUUACCCGCUGAAGCAGCCAUCUGAGUUGGCGCCCGGAGAGUGUAUACUCAAGCUCGAAUGCACAGGAGUAUGCCAUACGGACCUACACUUCAUGAACGGGGAGUGGCGCAUCUUUCCCCGCCUGCCGAGUGUAGGUGGCCACGAAGGGGUCGGCCACGUCGUGGCGAUCGGCGCGCACUCAAGGAGUGGCGUCAUUAAGCUCGGAGAUAGAGUGGGGACGAAGUACGUAGUCGACAGCUGCCUGCAGUGUGAGAUGUGCCGGAGGGGCUUCGAGCAGAACUGUGCGGACAGAGUGAUAUCCGGAUAUCACGUCGACGGGACCUUUGCUCAGUACAUGGUGGCGUACCUCGAUCACUUGAUACCUAUUCCAAAGGAAUUGCCAAGUGUGGAGGCCGCACCUAUUCUUUGCGCGGGAGUGACUGUGUACAACAUUUUGAAACAACUCACGGAUACGCCACCGGGUGGCUGGGUCGUGGUCCACGGGGCUGGGGGCGGGCUUGGCCACUUGGGCAUCCAAUACGCCAAAGCAUUCGGGUAUCGUGUCCUUGCAAUUGACAGCGGUGUGGAGAAGCGGGACCUAUGCCUUUCCGUCGGCGCUGAGAAGUUCCUCGACUUCAAGGACACAACAGACCUCGUUGCAGACGUCAAGAGGCUGACUGACCCUCUCGGGGCACACGCGGCCCUAAUCACAACCCAUGCCGGCGGUGCAUAUGUCCAAGCUGCAUUCUACAUCCGAGCGCACGGCACCGUGAUGUGCCUCGGGGCGGCACAGGAGGUUUCUGGCCUUCCGAUGGCCCUGAUCAUUGACCAAGGCAUCAAAUACAUUGCAUCACAGACAGGAGGUCGUCAAGCUGUAUACGAGGCGCUCGCCCUCGCGGCGCAAGGCAGAGUCCGCUGCCAUGUUGUCCAACGCCCCUUGGAGGAAAUAAACAGUGUCUUUGAGGAUAUGUGCAAGGGCAAGUUGGCUGGGCGUGUCGUCGUCACAUUCUGAAGUAAGACGUCACACGCACCGGUUAUACUGGACGAGCAUGUCGUAUCUUAGCGUACAGCGUGUCGCCGCACCGGAAACGCUUUAUUGUGCCGUUUGCAGCCAGGCCCGAUUUUCUCGGCAAUCGACCUGCGCUCAGUACACGGCCCGUCAAGAGCUGCGUCAGGACAUGAUGUUCUG